ACAGCAGUAUCGGGCGCGUUGCCUAACAGUUUUCUAGUGUGGCCCGGUGCGACACGAGUGCGAGUGCUGCUGGUGCUGCUGGCAAUGAAGGGGUCCUCGGCGGCGGAACACGUCAAAGCGUCAUCAUAGCGCGGCCGACCCAGCAUGGUGGUGGCUGCAGGUCGCUGAUAAGAUGCGGCCAACUUUGGCUCAAGAAGCGUACAGUCUGUUCUCACUCAGGGUUGGUCUUUUGCUCGCAUUGCUGGACAGUACGAGCGGCGUGUCCACGUCAUCAUCAUCAUUCGCCGACUUCACCAUUCCGCCGCAGAGCAACCAGACGGACGGCUCUGGACCCUACCUGGCACAUCAGCAGCAAGAGAAGGAGCCAGAAUCUGUUACCUGCUACACGUGUGUCAAUGUGUCGGACAACUUGAUAUGUAAUCGAUUCGCGAUUGAUCGUCCAUGUCCCUCGGGUGAAGUGUUCUGCCAUACCUUGCACAUAAUGGACUCCCACGGCGGCAGCGUAAUAGUGCAUAAAAAGUGCGCUGGACCCAAAGAAUGCUCGCCUGCGACGGUCGGUUGCCUCGAUAUUGACUCGCAAAGAAUUUGCGUGUCGUGCUGUGACUCGAUGUACUGCAACGAGGCCGUGCCGACGAACCACACAAACGCCGUGUACGCCGCCUCCGCCACCCCCCAGCCCCCAUACCAUACCAGCCCCAGCUCAGCGGCAACGGCGAUCGCGUCGUCCGUGCACAAUGGCGGUGCCACCCUCAGGACACUCGGUUGUUGUUUUGGACAUGUUGGUUAUCGUUCCUUUCGCGUUCUCUUGCUCGCCGUCUGCGUUUCCUUCAGAGUGGUGCUCUAAAAUAUGCUGGUAAAAAGUGUUCAGAACUCGGUCGACUGUGCGAGAGAGUCGGGUGCUUGCAUUUUUAUAGUUCCACACGCAAAAGCCGCGGUUUCUUCGCAAAACAACGCAAAAAUCUAUCGUGUAGUUGAGAUUUUGAAUGGUAUUUUUGAGAAGAAUAAAUUAAUUCGAAAUGUGGUCACAUCAGAUGUUGUGCAAAUAUUCACUUGCAGAAAGGUUUCAUUGCAGGAGAGCUUGACCGAAUUGUUGAAUACACAAUUUUUGAUGACAUGUUCUUUUUACGUUCGGGACACUGCGAAUUAAUAAAAAUGAAUGACUAAGCGUUUUAGUAAGCAAUAAAUGGCUCCCGAUCUACAGACUUUCAAGUUACAAGCACGUGAAUAUUUUAAUGCACAACCAGCGUUAUUUUGUAGAGAAAUAUGAGAGCCGAUAUUUAGCAAAUUAUACGAUCACAGCAAAAAUGCAUCAGCACCCCCAAAAAAUGUGUGAAGGAUUGACCCAUUUUAACCCCCAUUUUAUAACUGACUGUUGCAAUUGAUAUAGUAAAAAAGUUAAGGGAAGUAUCAAAAAUCGAGUUACCUUUAUGAAGAGAAUAAUAAAAUAUAUUAUUGUUUGCCAGAAAAAUCCUAAUGUCAAUAUGGUCUUCAACGCUACAUGUCUAUUUUUGAAGAGGUUUCGUUAACACGUAAAAAUUGGUCCUCUACAUUUGUAUUCAUAGUUUAAAUUGAAAAGCUGCGAGAAGUCAUUUACUGUGAUUCAGGUUAUGUGCAGUCGAUGCUCAGCAAUGAAUCAAACAGUCAGCACUCUCAAUUUUUUCAUUCUCCAGCUUGCACUCAUUGUACAUAAAUAAAAAUGAACCAUUCUAUAUCAUAUUAUACGCUAUAGGUCGU